UGCUUUCUCUCAUCCCGCAACACUCAAGAGGUAGCGCGUGUUCCGGGUAGUAUGUAUUUCAGUGCGUCAGUGUGACAAAUUUCCUAACCUAAUGCAACAUCAACUUUUGCUAAUAUCUCGUUACUUGACGCAGAGCGACAAUUUUGUCAGAUAAAAAAAGCUGUUUCUCGUGCAAAAACACGUCUAUUUUCAUCGAAAUCGGAGAUAAUUCAUGAAAAUAGUUAGCAUGCAGAAAAUAUGCAGAUUAUGUCUUCAAGUACAACAACGGAAUGUAACACCUCUGUUCCGCGACGAUACCAACGAUGACGAAUGCCGGCACUUAAGGCUAUUGAUCACAGAUUUAUGCUCCAUUGUCAUAUUACAAGAUGACAAUUUACCAAAAUCUAUUUGUUGGAAGUGUAACAUGAAGUUACAAGAUGCUCAUAAAUUUGUCAACAUGUGUAAAAUCUCUAACAAUAAGCUGCGUGAAGAAUAUGAGGAGACUAAACAAUAUCAGAGCAAGAAAAGGAUCUCACUAACAGAAAAAGAACAAAAAUCUAAGGAAAGAAAGUGCAAAUCCGUCAAUAGAUCUUUGACAUCUAUAAAAAGAUCCUUACAAAUAUGUCCAAAAAACUUUAGUAACUCGGAGAUAUAUGAUCCUGCAUUAUCCCAAGAUUCACUAGGUGAAAAUAUCAAAACAACAGUAAAACUGCAAUCUGAUCAUGUUGAAGAAAACAAUCUUAAAAUUCAAGAAAUAUCCUUAAAAGCACAAAUUGCACACAAUCCCAAUAUUCAUUAUGAGAAAUUGUCACAUAAUUACCAGAAGCAAUAUCUCUGUGAUAUUUGUAGCAAGACCUUUUAUUCUAUGUCCGGAUUACGCUUUCAUAUGAAAUCACAUUAUGGCUCUAAGCCAUAUGCUUGUCAAUACUGUGGCAAAAGCUUUGCUAUUCCUAGUUAUAAGAAGAGACAUGAGAGAAUUCACUUGGACGAUAAGUUCUUUGUCUGCCAUAUAUGUAGCACUGUUUUCAAGUCAUCGAACGGACUGAAAUAUCAUAUGAGGACUCACACGGGCGAAGCAAACUAUCAUUGCCACACGUGCAGUAAAUCUUUCACCCGAUACAAAUAUCUAAAAGAGCAUGCUUUUACGCACACUGGACAAAAGCCUUUCGUCUGCAAACUUUGUGGCUCCGCUUACAACAACUCUGGUAGUUUAUUUGUGCACAAGAAGAAGUGCAAAUCGUGAAAAGACAUUCCCAAGUAGGAAUUUACUACUGGCAUCAAAGUGUUACCGACUUAUAGUAAACGUUAUUGGCAUAGUACCAGAUGCCAGUACGGGUUUAGUGUUGGUGUGAUACUGGGAUGAUAGAAAAGGGCCAGUAUCGGAAAACAGUACUGUCACAGUACCGAAAAUCAGUAUUGUACCAGUAUAUAAAAAGUAUUGAUUCUUAGCACUGGGAAAGUACUUAUUCCCAGUACUGGGCCAGUAUUGAUUCUUAGUAAUUUUUAUUAUUUGUACAAUUGUUAAUAUUAACUAUAUAGUAUGGAAAAAAAGAUCAAACUCUGGCCGAGUUGCUCUCCUUUGUACCUAAUUUUUAUUAUUUAUACAAUUGUUAAUAUUAACUAUAUAGUAUGGAAAGAAAGAUCAAACUAUGACCGGGUUGCUCUCCUUUACAGGUACCUAUACAGGUCUAUUUUUAAUAGUCAUGAGGAAAAAAUUAUCGGGGCGACGGCUGGAAUUGAAUUCUAGUCUUACGCUUGUCAAGUAAGCAUCCUUACAACUGAGCUAUCUAGGUUUCGCGUUAGUGAUCUUUUCCGUUUUCCCAUAAAGGACAUUGAUAUCGUUCGUUUUCGAUACGGACACAAUACUGGCUCAAUAUCCUCUAUUGGCAGGUUUUUACUUGAGUAUCCAGUACUGAUUCUACAAAGGGCCAAUACCAAUAAUAUAGGUUUUUUUAAUACUGGGCCAGUAUCGAAAACGACAAACACUUUUCGGUAACGCCUCAGUAUGCGUACGGUACAACUAUUCAGUACCUAAUCUUAAUACUGAGCCAGUAUCAAAACCGGAUAUACGCUUUUCGGUAUCGACCCAGUAUCGGACCAUUUUUCCGUACUAGCGAAACGUAUGAUUCCUACUUGGAUUGUUUCAGAAAUGACUGUGUGACGAUAAUAAUAUGCUAUAGAUCUGUUUCUUUUUUUAUUGAGCUAAGUUGCAUUUUUUACUUUUAUACUGAAGCAAUAUAUAACCCACACAGCACAAAACAUCUCAGCAAUGUCUCCAGAAUAUUACAAAUAUCAUUUUUAAAAUAUUACAUUUGA